GUAAACAAUAAUAUUUUCAUAAAACCCUAUAGUGCAAGUAAAAAAUUUAAAAUUCUCUAUACACCGAUGUAACUUCGACGUAUACAUACCGUGUUUAGGUAUUUUGGAACUGUUGAUAAAAGUGUAUUUCUCAAUGGAGGAAUGAUGUUCCAGAAUUAUCACAUAUAGGGAAAUGCUGCUGCCAUAUUUCUCUACCUAAAGAUUCAUUAUAAACUUAAAGUUGCUGAUCAAAUAUAAAUUUGUGUUUGUCAUCAAUCUCCUACUGUUCAAUCCAGUUAAUAAAGUUCAACCGCAGUAAUAUGUACAUUCGUCUAAACCCUUCAAUAUGGAUGAACUUGCUUAUACAUGCCGAGCUUGUACAAAAGAAUUAAAUUCACACAAAAAUUUAAAUGCAAUGAAUAAAGUUCACAUUUUCGAAACACCGGAUAUCGCAAAGAAAUUUGCCAGCUGUAUCUCGGUAGAGAUAUCUCUUGGAGACGAAUAUCCAAAAUUUUUAUGCGAAUGUUGUUAUCAGAAGGUUAAUGAUUUCUAUGAGUUUCGAGAAAUGUGUAGAGAAACAAUUCAACAUUUUGAAAAGCUGAUAUUGAUUAAGAAAUCAUUGCUUUCAGAGGACGAAGUCCCCAUAUUAGUAUUGGAAGAUCCGUCGAGAAGCCUUACUCGAGUGAACGAACUAAAUCAUCUUGCUAGCCCUGUAAAAUAUAAAGAUAAUUUGGAAAAGCAAAUUUCAAUUACUUCUGAUGAUUGUAAUAAGAAAUAUGAAAUAGAAAAUGCAGAAUACUAUGGACAAGAAAUGUCAACACCAAACAUGCAUGGUAAUAAUGAAGACAACUGUUAUUCUGAUGUUGUGGAUAACCUCAGCAACAAUUCUUCUCUUAAUGAAAACUGUAAAAGUUACGAAAAUGUUGAUAAAAUUAAAUUAAAUAGUAUUAGAAGGGUGCAAUCAGAAAAAACGAAUCUAAAAAAAUUGCCUGACUGCGAAAUGAAAGUAACUUACCGUUGUGAUAUCUGCCCGUCACGAUUCUUUGUUGAACAUCGUCUCAUUGCGCACAAACGCGAACAUGAAGGCCUUAUGCCGUAUCCUUGUUCGCAAGAGGAUUGCACCAAAGCAUUUAAUCGUAGAAGCGCAUUGGCAAGGCAUCUUAGACAGCAUGAGGGAUAUAGUUUUCAGUACGCUUGCGAUCAAGACGGUUGUGACAAAGUAUAUAAGCACAAGCCAACAUUAGUGAUGCAUCAGCGCAAAUAUCAUAAAUUGGGACCGGAGUUGAAAACGCACAUUUGUGAGAUUUGUGGCAAAGUAUUUAAAACGACCACAAUGCUAAACGAUCAUCAUUACACGCACAAGGACAAAUCUGAACGUCCCUACGCUUGCGACCAGCCGAAUUGCAUGCGUCGAUUCGCAAAUAAGGAUAAGCUAAAGGUGCAUCUUAUGCGACAUGCCGGAAUUAAGAACUAUGUGUGUCCACAUUGUGGCAUGCGAAAAACCACAAUGAACGAGUUGAAGGUGCAUAUUAAUUAUCAUACGCUGGAACGUACAUGGCCAUGUCGGUUUUGCACACACAUUUGUAAUAGCUCAGGCAAUUUAAAAACACAUGUACGCACUGUGCAUGAGCGUGCCAAAGAUUAUGCAUGCCGCUAUUGUGAGCGAACUUUUGCUAAGCCGGACACGCGCAAGUACCAUGAAAUGACCCACACGGGCGAGAAACCGAAUGAAUGUCCGGAAUGUGGUAAACGCUUUUUACAACCAGCAGCAUUGCGCACGCAUCGAAAGAUUCAUCAGCGACAAGUUGUGCAUAGUUCAAAAGCGAAAAAAAGUGAAAAGCAGAAAUCUGCGCAAGAAACUGUACUCAAAAAUGCAGAAAAUUCAGAAUAUUAAGCAAAGUGUUGUAAUAAUUUUUUACUCAAUCGGCACGAUGCAACAUC